CAAAGUCCAACUGGGCUUGGGAAAAUCCAAUUGGUCAAUUGCAAUUAGAUUCUCCUCCCCCUUACAUACUGCCCUUACUUGCCAUCAAGGUUCUAUGGAACAUUAACAUUAACAUUAACGGAACACGUAGUUACCUGUUAUUAUUUCUUGACUCCUCCCUUGCUAGUUAGCAUUACUCUUUAGCAUUCAUUAGCAAUAUAUAAUUUCAACAUUACCAACACCAAGGCGAGCAGAUGGCCCCGCGUCAAUCUGUCCUCCCGCUCGCCUACCGAGCUUUCUUCCUUAUUAUCGAACCUAUAUCCGCCCUCGUAGGUGCCUUCUUUGCGCACUUCCGACAGGAUGAAUAUCUCUCGAUGACAAUACAUGCCGAGACGCCGGUUCCUCUCGGGACGUCCGUCGUUCUCUCGCAGCUCGCCAACCUCUACCUACUGUUCGCGCUUAACGAGGCUCUGGUACUACGGUCUACGGGCGAUCUCCGGGUGUGGCGAACGGUGCUGUUCGUCUUAUUAGUCGCCGACUUCGGUCACCUCUACUCCGUGAGCGGGUUAGGAUCCUGGGUCUACUGGGACGUGACGCGUUGGAAUCCUAUCGAUUACGGGAACGUCAUGUUCGUAUAUUUGGGCGCGUCGAUGAGGAUCGCGUUUCUCACCGGAGUUGGGCUGGGGGUAUCAUCCCCGGCAAAGACGAAAAAGGCGGCUUGAGGAGUCUUCUUCAAAGUUGUACCUUUACUACUAUCCCAACAAUAUCAAUCAUAAGCCUUCUAUCUCGGUACUAUCUUCUAGCUCGGUACUAUGCCCCAACAACCAAGGCCGAAUAUGUUUCCUUUUCAAAGAGGUCUUACAAAACAUUUGGAACCCACAAUAAUUCCUUUCGAAUCACUCGUGAUACAACUUCUAUGACUAGG